AUGUAUUGGCUGAGUGACUACCGGCUGGGGAUUAGCGCUAUGGGUCGCCAGGCUCAGAAACUGUUGAACCAGUUGCGUCAGUUGCACCAAUUGGUGUUUCUGUUUGUCAACUACUACGCUUCCAACGCCGACCAGCUUGCGAAGAUGGCCAGCGACGCUGGUGGUAAAGGUCAUCAACGACGGGUGACUCUGGCCCACUUACGCAAACGGAUCGCCAGCAGUGCUCGUCCCACCCCACCGGGACUGCGAGUGGCUCUGGGGACUAGUGACGUUUCGAUCUCGAUGCCACCGCCACCGCCGCCCGGUCUCGAGGACGUAUUCAGUCGGUGGACUCAGCAAUUGCGUCAGGAGCUGGAUGGUCUUAUGGUUCUCGUGCUGACGAUUGAUCAUGAAGUGCUUGGGGCUAUCACCGAGUUUAUCAAAUAUAAUGAACCUCAGCUUCGCGCGAUGGUGGAGACGUUUAAUGAUCUUGUCGCCGACUUGGAAGAGAAGUACGAAGAAGUGGAGAAACUACGCAUAGCUCAUACUGAUGCUCUACGUCUACAAGAGUUCAAACGCGAAAAACAAGACGAACGACAACUAGACUCGGAACCUACCGAAAAGCCAGUGCCGCCACUGCCACCCCCUAAACCAACCAAACCUCAACCCAGUACCAUCAAGGCUCUGGCGCUGGUCAAAUACCCCAUUAUUUUCGAUACAUUGAAAGUGGCUGACGCUGGCACCCUUGAAACGUUAGUGGCAUCUUUAAUCGACGGUACCCCCACUACUAAACGUACCCUCACAUUACCUGGCAAAAGCCCCGAUAUCUUUGACUCGGGCGCGUUGUGCAAGACCAUCAUGCGCACUUGUCCUCUGAUUCAACCCACACUGAUGCAUUUAGAACGGUUUGGCCAACAGCUUAUGGAUCUUAAAUUAAUUGAACCUACUCUGUUUUGGAGUAAAAAGUUCAGAGGGGAAGAUAUGUGGUUUGAAUGGACUGAGCUUGCUUGUAACAUUGCUAACGGUGAUGAUGACGAUGACGAACUUACAGAGCUUAAGCUGGUGACUCUGCCACCGCCCAUGGACAUUCAGGAAAUAACUGAGCACACCACAAAACGUAUCACGCUGAUGUUCAACUCGAUGAAGACAUCGUUCCAAAAGACCCAGGACGCGGGUGAGGUGGAGAAGCAAUACGCUAAGGCCUAUCUCGACCUUCAGAAGUUACGUCAUCGCUUAGAUAUGGAAAUCUUGACUAAGCUGCAGGCACUCGAACAGUUUGAGCGCCUCAAAAUUGAGUUAAUCUACCGGUCGCUUACGCGCUUGGCGGAAGUGUGCUACAAGUCACUGGUGCUGCGCACCGACCGCAUUCAUGAACUUGCUGCCGAUUUUGUCGAGCGUUUCAAUCGCGAAGAAAAUUACGAGCGUGAUCUCAAGCAAGUGAUAGAUGAGUUCAGUGUGGGGAUUUUCUUCCCUAGUAAUGUGCUGCCGCAAAACUUGGAAAAGAAAGUAGUGACUCAAGCUAACAAUACUUUCCAGAAUCUCAAGAGCCAAUUCAACUUGUACAUUGAUAUUCCCCUCCAAAUUCCUACGGGGAGUGUGGUUCCUGAUGUGGCCACGGGCCUUAUUCUGACCCCUUACUUCAUGUACAAAUUGGGUGAGACUGACGUCAAAGGAUCAUCCGAAGCAUGGGCGGCUCCCAUUGACCACCAACUGUAUUGGCGACUCAAGCAAGUGGUGAUUGAAGCCAUCGAGGCCUUCACCAUCGACGGUGCGGUGGAAAUCACUCAAGAGCUGGCGUUGCACCAAAAGAUUAUCGACCACGUUAUUGACACCAUCACAGAUCAGUACUCUGCUGAUCAGGUGGUCAAUUUCAUUAAAAACUGGUUGCUCGAGCUCAGUGAUCUGGUGAUCCCCAGCAUGGUUUACGAUCUGAUCAUUCAGGUAUAUACUUCUAACACUGAUGAGUUGGAGACGGCGGAGCAAUUGACCAAGAUAUUAGGUACCAUCCCGCGGGCCAAUCUACUGGCCUUGGUGUAUAUAUUGGAGCAGGUGGUGAAGGCUUUUGAUCUUGCUCUGCUUGCUGGUUACCCCGAAAAGCUUGGUAAGAAUAAGGCGCCGGCGCCGGCGUUGGCGUCAGUUGUAUCACAAUUGAACUCCAUGGAAGCAGUUGGCGCCGUCCCUUUUAUGCACAUGAUCAUGCGUCCACAAUUCUCUAAGACGCUGACAGGCUUCAAGCCGCCGUUGGCAAUUUACCUGAGAAUCACCGCCGCCUUACUUGUGUUGCCAACUCGGGAACGCUUGUUUGGAACGUUGCUCACCAAUGAAAAGAAUUACCAAUUGAAAAAGCAAAAACAGCGGGACUCUCUCCCUGUGGCGCCCAAGAAAAAGCAGGAUUCGACGAUCCCGCGACUGACACUGACACGUAUCCUUGUGUCCGAAUCACUGCCGGUGCAACCACUGCUGUCGCUGAGACCACUGCUGGCUGAUUUUGCUCCUCGUCCAUUCAAGACAAAGUUGACCCCGCAACCUCUGCCGUCAGCGUCGCCUAAGACGUCGCCUACACAUACUCCUCGGAACCUGGUGGACUUGUCUGCACGUCUGCGCAGUCCAGCUAAACGCGUAUCGCUUUUAGCUAAUGCCGAAGUGAAGAUCGAAACUCCUGAAGAGGACGCUAAGGAACUGGAGGAGUAA